AUGGUGUAUUACAUAUCCUGGUCGGAUGGGUCGGAUUGCAGCCAUCGACGGGAAUGGGUCGUAGAAUGUUACAUUCCAGAAUAUGACAUCACCUGUGUUUCGGCCCAGGGCAAAGGGACGUCGAGCCACUUGGGAGGGAUGAGGCUGAUAGGUGAAUGCCUGGUGUAUCACCUUUUGGUGAGUAGGAACGUUAGCGCCGUACCCAUGGCUUCAGAUAUGGAAACAAUUGAAAAGAGAUUGAAAUCUUUUACCGGUCAGCUCCAGACAGAGUUUGGAAUACUCGAGAGGCUUGUGUAUAAACACAAGAACCAACACCGCAGAUGCUCUUACUUUCAGUAUGUUCUCAAGGUGAAAAGGGAUUUGAAGCUUCUGAUAUCAGCAAAUGUGGAGGACAUAUUUAAUUCUUCUUUUCUCGUGAUCAAUGGGAACCGGCCAAAGCAAAAGGUUCAACUUUUGGAAAGUUUGAAGAAGAGAAAAUGUGGAGCUGGAAAAUUCAAUUUUUUGGAGAAGCUUUUAGGAAUCACCCGCCUCUUGUCACAGAUAGUUGAGCCAUUGCUCAAGGCGGCUAUGGAGCUGUCAACACUUCUUGCGCGUUCGUUUUUCAUGAAGUUUUCACUGACGACAUUGGCCGUGCUUGCACGCAUCCGAGUACUGGUUCAACAAAUGCUUCUUGAUGCCGUUCUUCUUUACAACACCGUUUCUUCCAUAUCACAAAGCGAACAGUCUGUGAAGCUAAAUCAAGAAGGAUUUGAGGUUUUCCGGGAAUAUUAUCCAAGAAAUGAGGAAGCUUCAGUAAUGCUAGAAUGUGUUUGGCAGACAGAUAAGUAUCUGUUAGUCGAGCAGAAGCAUAAAUGUGACUCCAAUGCGCAAAAGAAGGAUCUACUGGAAGAUGUUCCGCUGGGCACAUCAGAAAUACAAUAUGAAAACGUGGAGGCUUUACUCGGAGUUGAUGUAUCUGGUGUUGCAGCAGCUUUGGAGCCUAGUCUAGCCACUCCAGUUAACAUUGAAAAAGAUGACGACAUUCCUUUGAUAACAAGUGACGAGAAACUUAUUGAAGAGAGCACCUCAGACAUAGUCGGACCUUCAGCUGAAACCUUAGCUUACUCAGAAGAUGUCUUAACCAACAAGAAUCUAUCAGCGGGAAUGAUCUUUGAGUCGAAUGAUGAAAACCCGGCUGAGGAAAAUUUGUGCAUUACUGAAGGUGGCUUGCCAACUAGUUGGAGCAAACCUCUUGUUGCCAGUCCACCGAAACUUAAAAACAGUAAGAGGGAAAGGGUUGCAUUUGUGUCUGUUAAACCACCAGCGCCAUCUUCUGCUAGAAACGAAUCUAAGUUGUUGGAUUCGAAACCCUUGGAGAAGGACGAGGUUGAGAAAAACGAUGAUCCGUUUUUCAAACUUCUUACUGGAGGAAGCAAGAAGGGUCGGAUUUUUUAG